AUGAUCUCGAAUGCUCUCCGCCUAGCAAGUAAGACCCUAGCCAGGCUCGGGAGAUAUCUGCCGAUGCAGCAGGCCGGCAUCAGCAACCGUUCCUGGCUUGGCAUUAGUUGGCAAGCAAAUCAGCCCGAUGUUAGCGCAAUCGAGGUCGGUCAGGAACGAGCGGAGUUCGACGCGAGAAUUGUGGAUUGCAAAGCUUGGGAGGACGAAAUGUAA